UGCUUCGCUGGCGAUGCCUCCGCAGGAGCUCCCUCCGGUUCCCCCGCACGCUCCCCGGCGGCGGCUGCUGGAGGAGGCGUCCUCGUCGCCGCUGCGGAGCCUGGAGUGCGUGCUGCUGGGCGACGGCGCCGUGGGCAAGACCAGCCUGGCGCUCAGCUACAGCACCAACGGCUUCCCCGCGCGCUACGUGCCCACCGCCCUCGACCGCUUCUCCGCUGUGGUUCAAGUGGAUGGGUCUCCUAUCCGGCUGCAGCUGUGUGACACCGCAGGACAGGACGAAUUUGACACGCUGCGCCAGGUCUUCUACCCGAAGGCGGACAUCCUCCUGCUGUGCUUCAGCGUGGUGGCGCCCACCUCUUUCCAAAACAUUGCCGACAAGUGGUACCCCGAAGUGCGGCGCCACUGCCCCUCUACCCCAGUGCUGCUUGUGGGCACCCAGUCCGACCUGCGCCAAGAUGUCAAGGUGCUGAUCGCCUUGGCCCGUCGCCGAGAGAAGCCCGUUGCCCCCGGUGCCGCCCGGGCACUCUCCGUGAAGCUGGGCCUGGUGGGCUACCUGGAGUGCUCUGCUCUCACUCAGCACAACCUCAAGGAGGUGUUCGACACAGCCAUCGCGGUGGGGCUGCGGCACCCAGAACACCCCUUGCCAAAGGCGCGCAGGAGCCCCGCCAGCUGCCUCCGAACGCUCUCCAAAGCCUGGUGGAGGAAGUGCGUGUGCGUGCGGUAGCGGGUCAUUCCUCUCGGGAUGCCUACAAGGCGUGUGGCUGUACAAGGUGAUCCUCAUCCGGUUGACAUGGGCACAUUGCGGGUCCGGACUCUUGCAGACAGUGCUGUCGUUCGUACCCAAGUAGAUGCGGUUCUCCAUUGGAUGGACAAUGGGGUCAGGAGGUCUGGCAUUUGCUCUGCGCUCUGUGCCAAGUGGUUGACAAUAUUGGCAAUUUGGCUUUCUCAAUCUUCUGACGAUCAGAAUUUGAAUCUUAUCAUGGCAGUGCCGGAAGAGGAGGAGAUUGACUUCUUUGGGCAGAAGGGGGCAACUAACGAAGCAACUAAAGGAGUCGCAAUCUCUAUCUCUUUGGACAGUGGGGAGGAUUGGAGGGUUGGCAUUGGCUCUGCACUUUGUGGUUGAUUGUAUUGACAACGUAGUUCUGGAUAAUUUGUCCUUCUGAUGGGCACAGUAUUAUUCUCAUCAUGACUGCUAGGGAAAACUACCCUAAAAUAUAGCAGAGCAUCCAAAAAGCAAACAGGUCAGAGCAUCCAAAAAGCAAACAGGAUACUUAAAGUUGAGCAACAGCUCACAGCUAGCAAAGUGUGAAGUGCCAUGUGAUGUGGCUGUAAAGAAUUUAGAUCAGGGGUCCUCAUACUGAGGCCCGGGGGCCAAAUACGGCCCUCCAAGGUCAUUUACCUGGCUGUCGCUCAGGGUCAACCUAAGUCUGAAAUGACUUGAAAGCACACAACAACAACAACAACAACAAUCCUAUCUCAUCAGCCAAAAGCA